CUUAAGUGUUUCUUGUUAGUCGCAAAUCUUAAUAAUCAUUUUUGGGAAUAUCGCGGACUUUGAAAUAACAUACUCGACCAUAUAAACAAGCAUAUUUUCGUGGAAUAUUAACUGUUUAGUUUCACUUUCGUCUUUUACGAAUUACUUACUGCUAAAGUCGGUUAAUUACUCUAUAAGAGGGUCGAACUCUAUUAGCCAUUUCAUUGGCGACACUCGAGUAUUUGAAUAAAUAUCGUUAAAAACUACAUUCAAUGCAUAUCAUGCAUUGUUUGAAUAAAGUGUAAAAAUACAAAUUUAUUACACAAUAUUGUAGAACGAGCACACUGUAAGACAUUUUCACGAAUGGUUGUCAUUAAAAUGGGCAGCCUUAUUCGUUUAUGUGCGAUUUUGAUUGCGUGUGUGACCAUUGCGUAUUUCGCAGUCUCUUUCAGUUGGUUUGAAAAACAAAAGUGUGAUCAGUUGCUGAAGAACGACUUGCUGAAACACGUGGUACAGAAAGGCAAAAUAAACAACAAUCUUGUCAGCUUCAAAUGCGCCAAAGGUUUCAUGAGCAACGUUCCGAAUCUGGAAGACAUUUUAUUCGACUGCAAGUUCCAUAAAGAACUUGGCGAAAUUGCUUGGGCAGGACAGGGAGUGGGAGAUACGACAGAGCCAAAAAGAAAAUCGCUGUAUCUUAACAAUGUACAAUGUUUAUCAGGUUGCCCGAAGCCCGAUUAUUCUGAGUUUCCGGACAAAAUGGAAAUAACAAAGAGCAGCAAGAAACUGAAAAUUGUAAAUAGAGAUAACAAAAUUAUUGAAGACGAUGCGUAUUACCUGUCUGGGGACACACUAACGUUGAAAUGUGAGAACGGAUACAUCAAAGAAGGCAUAACUAACCCGGCGUCCGAGAAUGAUAAUGUUGACAUCUAUGAUAUCUACGGUAACUAUGGACCAAAACCAGUUGAGGAGGUUACUCUUACAGAAACACUUCGGUGUGAUGAUAACGGAAAGUGGAACAACGGAAUAUUGCCCAACUAUGGCAUUUGCAGAGCAAUUACGUGUGACGCAAGGUCUUAUCAGAAUAUACGCAAUGGAGUGAUAACAGACUACAAACACGUCUAUGGCUUCUUAGAGUUGAUGACGCUCCAAUGUGAUCAUGGGUUUCGGCCAAAAAGCAAUCGAAAUUAUCUGCAAUGUCUCGCAGACGAUAGUUUUGAUAAAGACGACUUAAUGUGUGAGGCAAUUACUUGUAUGACGCCACCAGAACCACUACACGGUACCUUAGAAAUUACACAGCUUUAUUAUUUUCCGAACGCGACCGCUGAGUUUGCAUGUGACAAUGGCUAUACCAUGAUGGGAUCACCCGUGUGGGAAUGUAAGCCCGAUGGUGAAUGGGAUAAGCCAUGCAUCCAGUGUGUGCGAGAAGAUGAUUAUUGCCAGCCUCCAUGCGUUCCGUUCGGUGCGCGAGUAGUUGAUCCCCCAAAGCGUAUACACAUAGGAACAACGAUUGAGUUUUCCUGUAACGACCGUCUGUACGGCGGUUCGACUAACAGGACUUGUCUGUUCAACAAGCAAUGGAGCGAUGGACCUAUAGACUGCUCAGGCUGGUCUUUAUUUUCCUUUGACACCGGAAUUUAUUUGAAAGAAGCUUUGGAAAACACUGUUGAUAAGCAAAUUGAGAGAAGAGAAGCAAAUAAAAAUGCCAGUGGAGAGGCGAAUGUCGCUAGUGGGAGGUCAAUGCGUCCUCAAAACGAAUACGGCGUUGAUGCGUACAUUCUUUUGGAUGUUUCAAGAAGUAUUACUGAUGAAGAUUUCAAUAGGACAAAGGCGUUUGUCAUCGCUUUAAUAAAAAAUCUUGCUGUAAGCAAUAACCCUGAUGGGACCAGAGUGACAGUGAAUUUAUUUGCUACCGAUAUAACAAACAUCAUCCACCAACGUGAGGCGCACCACCAAAAUGAAGAAUACAUCAUUAAGGAAAUAAAUAGCAUAAAUCUCCUAGACGUUAAAAGUCAAACAGGCCAUGGAACAGCUAUAAGUUUUGCCUUAGAUGAUGUGCGUAAGGACAUAGUAACCAAAAAUUCUAUGAGAGCUGAGGCCUUACGACAGCAAGUUGUAAUCCUAAUUAGUGACGGAAAAUACACACAACGUGGAAGCCCCAUCGAAAUUGCCGAAGAUUUGAAAAACCGAAGCGUUGAGAUCUUCUGCAUUGCACUCGGCACAAAAAACGAUGAAAAUUCAUUUCGCGUUAUGAAAGAUAUGGCUUCAAAAAUUGAUGAUCAACAACAUUUCUUUGCUGUCGAUAAAGAUUGGGACAUGACGGAAACCAUACAUAAAAUGAUAGAACUGACUCCUGAUUUUUCCUGCGGUGCUACAAAUCCGAUUCGAACAGACACAAAAAAUAUCAGUCAGUCUAACUAUGGUCUAUCUAAAAAGCACGCGUGGCCAUGGAUGGUCCAGUUGCGUUAUAAAGACACGCAUCUUUGUGGAGGGACUCUUAUAUCAAACAGAUGGGUUCUCACCGCUGCCCAUUGCUUUGACUUCAGCCCAAAGAUAGACACAGUUAUUCUUAAACAAUGGCAUACCAGAACUCUAGACGAUGGAAGCAUACAACAAGAUGUACCAGAUUCCAACGUAUUCAUUCAUGAACAAUAUGUUAACCCCGGUCGAAAUACAAAUUUCAAGUACGACAUCGCUUUGAUUAAACUACAAAACAACGUUUCAAUUAAUAGCGAUCUCCAUACAGUGUGUCUGUGGAACAACGAAACAGCAAAUGGCACAGAUGUCUCGUAUGAAUCAUUGUUCAAACCUCAGUCGUACGGCAUUGUAACCGGAUGGGGAUAUAAGCAAGGCACUGAAAUAAACGAGGACAGCAUGAAGCAAAUGCAGUUUCCAAUACAGAAUUUCACUGAGUGCAGGAACAACAAGAAGCAAGCAACCAUUCACUUUGACGAAAGCGUCAUGUUCUGUGCAGGAACUAAAGAUGAAACAAAAAUAAUUGAUGCCUGCCAUGGUGACAGCGGCGGUCCAUUUGUGGUUCAACAUCCAGGCAAAGAGAACAAAUAUAUCCAAAUAGGGAUUGUUUCGUUUCAAACACAGAAAGGCUGCAGGACCCACAUUCUGGAUGGCUACUAUACUCGGCUUAACGAAAAUCUGCUUAAAUGGAUCGCAUCAAAAAUGGAACAAAAUGCGAAAUAGCCAAUAAGAAGUGGCGAAAUAUUGGUGUUUUAUUGGCAAAAUACGACGGAGUGAUAAGUGUCAUGCAUUGUAUAUAUUUAUAAAAAAGUGAAUAAUGGGCUAUAUUUAAAUUAAAAAAAAAGACUAACAAUAAAAAAGCUAGUCCACAGAUUUUGGUAGUUUUUGGUGUUCGUUAUUAAGUGCUGUAAAAUGUAUAAAUGAUAACAUCGGAAUUUAAGAAAACUUGUAUAAAACAAGUAAAUAAUUUAAGAAAGAAAAAAAACGACUCAGCCAUCCGGUGUGUUUCAUGGAAUAUGCAUUCUUAACUGAUCUUUAGCAAUCCUCGUUUUGUGACAAAACCUAAUGAAUGAAAUAGAAACACUCCAAUGCAUAUAUCUGUUUAGCUUGUAACGCUUUUUAAAUACAUUUUUAAUUAGUAUUGCUGAUAAACAAAAUAGUUCCAUAAUAUGCCUUCACGUAAUUAGUUUUAUUUCACUAACUUAUAUAUAGUGUUUUUGUUGUCUGAGUCUGUGUUCAAAAGUUUGAAAAUUUUCAUUUUGACAGUCUAUAAACAAAUCCGAUCAACAACCAAAUUUAAAAAAAAUACAAAGGGCAACCAAAGCUUUACAUUGGUAACAUUAUUUUGGAUUCCGGGAUUUAUAAAUUUAUUUCACAGUAUGAUAGUGUAGGAACGUAUGGUUUGUCAGGUGUAGUGUGUCAUAUAGACGGUUUUUUUUUCAACAUGUUACUUGCAAUGUACAUAUUUUAAAGUGUAUGUAUCGAAACGCGCAAUCUUAUAACCUAACUUGUUGCGCAGAUAUAAGUAAUAAUUAAACCCUGUGCAAUUAAUAAAAUACCAUAAUCAAAAGCAAGAAAACCAGUUAUAAGGAUCCAAAUAUAUAUAGUAAGUAAUCAGAACAGGUAACGGACUAAACAUCCUUUUAUGCAGUGAGGUUAAGUAAUGUUAUGUUCCAGGCGGUGAAUCUUGUACAAAAAUUUAAUUCUUUAUGUAAUAUGUGUUUGUAUUUACUUAAUGCAUUUGAGUUUAAAUCAUGAAAUUAUCAAAACAUGUAUAGAGUUAUUAUGUAUAUGUUUUCAUUUCUUCUUCCCUACUAUGUGUUAAAUUGUGAUGGCUGCUAUUAAACACAAAGAAUAAUUUUUGGGUAGAUUAAAAUGUAUGUUUACCACUACUUCUGUAAAAUGUUCUUUUGGAAAAUCAUUGUUUAUUAGAAUUUGUUAGAAUUAAAGCUUUGUUUCAUUUUCCAAAUAAUGUUGUUUAUGUAUAAAAUGUAAACGUGUGUAUAAAUGCAUCAUACGAAAACAAUAUAUUAUCAGCAUAACCAAA